AUGGCGACGCCCGCAGACUCUUCCGACACCCUCAUCACUCCUCCUUCCGCAACACACCCGAAACAGCCGCCAGCCAUGCUCGACUGUGAACAUGAGCUAUCAAGCCUCGACUCACCACUCCCCGUCCCCAAGCUAGCCCGUGAAGCGAGCGACAUCACCUGGCAGGAAUCCCUCGAAUCGUCCAAAGACCAGGUCCUGCUUGUCCGUCGCCGCGGCCUGUUCCGCCUGCUCCACCAGCAACAGUUUAAGAACUCGCUCCUCGCGAGCGUGGGCUACCUGGAGCUAGCGAACGCGGGCGACUUUGCUGCCAAUGUCUGGAAUGAAAUUCCAGUUCCGACGUUUGCGGCGAUCCUGAUGGGGAUUGGGGGUGCGUUGGCGCUGGGAAUGGUGUUUGUGGCUAUUCAGGAUUUUAGGCUGAGUUGGCGGAAUGUGAGGCUGCUUCGGGAGGAGAGGGAGCAUCUCACCCGUCUUCAACGGUAUCAUGCGAAGAAUGUUGAAAUUACGCGGUUGUUGGGAUCGCGGCUCGGCGUUCUUUUUCGCGAAUUGGGGACAGAAAUUGUUGAUCGGAUUGUUAUGGAUGUGUUGAUGGGCUCCGGCUCGAUUCUUGUCGGUGUUGGGACUCUGAUGGCUAUCGGUGGUGCCGAUCAUCAUGUUUACCAAGCUAGUAAUUUGCUCUCUGGGUAUAUCGGAAAUGCCCUGGCGGCGCUCUUUGGUUUGGCGAAUGCCAUCUGGUCGGUAUAUCUGAUUCGACGGUUUACACUGCAUGAUGCUGCGGUGAAGGCUCGCGAGCCGAGCGAUGAGAUUCGACGAAGGUUGCAUACGCGAUUUCGUCGGUUCCAAUGGCAUGCCGCCGUCAAUGGGCUUAAUGGACUCGUUGCUGGUGCUGCGUCGAUGGUGACGGCGGAGCGGUGGUGGGGAUAUUGUGUGCUCAUCCCCUGCAUCAUCUCACUCGUUCUGUGUAACUAUUUCUGGCGGAAGAAGCUGGGCUACGGCCGUCCGAUCCUCGACCACGCUUCCGUUGCCCGCAUGCAACUGACGCCUCUCCUCGAAGAUCUCGAGUACGCCAUCGCCAUGCAGCGGGGUCUAUCGGAGCCGGAAAAUUCACUCUCGCAAACCAUCGUCCAGCGGGACUCGCUUCCUUCUAUAUUGCAGUUUAUCGUGCGCAAUCGCAUGCUGGAAACAUACUGUGACUCUUUAGCCCGCGAUAAAAAGACCCGACACAUCCUCCAGCAGUUACCCACCUCCCCAGCUGACGAAACCAUCGCCAUCACCCACGACGUCCUCCUGCAACUUUCUGCGAAAGAUUUGAAUUCGGUUGCAAUGUUGCACCAUGCACAGAAGUUCAUCUGUAAAGAGGGUGUGACCACAUUUACACAUCGCGAGCGUCAUCUUUUAGAACUACUCGGCUUUGCUGUCUGGCGGGAUCAGACGACGGCCGCGAAUGCUCGAUAG